AUGAGUCCGGUCUACUUGAUCAUCAGCGCAGUGCUUACUAUCGCAGUUGUGUUAGCAGAGAGAUCGCCAAGCCGAAUCAUCCGAGAGUUAGAGCAAUGCAUCACACACGAAGAGGUCGAUGGAUGCAGCAUUCCGUUUAAUUCUUCGUUUCCAUAUCGCAAAGUGUUUAAAUCAGCAUGCAAUCGCCACGAUGUUUGCUAUCGCUGUGGUGAUCAUUUCCAGUGGUCAAGAAAUGACUGCGAUGUUGGGUUUCUGUAUGACAUGUACUAUGCUUGCGCCAUUCAUGGUAUAAAACAUGACGGGAAAACGAGACGAUCUAUAAUACAGAAGGACGUCGAAAAACAUGAGAGCCUUGAUCAAAAGAAAGAAGAAGCACAGGAAGAACAACCGAAAGUGAACAGAGCCACGAGUAAAGAUAAUAAGGACAACACUCUUAUCAAACACGACACUGCAAUAAGGACAGAAAAGUCAACUGAAAAAAAGGCUGUUGCUUUCGAAAGUGGAAACAAUGUGCACAAAGCGCAAGAUGCAACCAAAAGAGAACAAGAAGAUGAGGAGAAAGAGCUGGAAAAAGCAGCCAUGGAGGUAAGUGCAUUAAAUAGCAAAGAAGUUACAAAGAUAAAAAAGAGUGAGCAUACCAAGAGAAAGACAAAGGAAGGAAGAGAACUCUCAAAUGGAAGAUCAAAAUCUUCGUCUAGCAGCAUUGAACACAGAAAAAGUAAAGAGAGGAAGGAAACAAAUGUAGUGAGCGAAGAACAUGCGAAAUCCUCUAAAAAAUCUUUUAAACUUGGACACCCAAAGCAUCCGAAAUUUCAUACCCAUAAGCAACAAAAAUCAGAGGAGGUCCAUUCCUGCCAUGGAAAAACCAAUUGUCAUUCUGAAAAGCAAGGAGGCGAAAUGGCGCACUCUACAAAAUCCCAUGAAUCGUCUAUUGACAAACUUAAGCUGAUUUCUAACAAAUAUCAUGAAAUAGAGAAGCUUUUGGGAGAGUUAAACGUGUUGAUAAAGACUGAAGCUACACAAGUAGAAAGUAGAAAAGAAAACAUGCUAGAAAAAUCUACAAGCAUUGAGGUUGGUAGCAGUGGAGAAGAAAGGGAUAAUCUGACCAAGAAUGGAAACGCAACAAGAAGCAAACUCGGAAAUGAAACGAUAUUCAAUAGCUCUAUGCUAGGAGUAAAAACAAACGCAACCAGAUCAGUGGAGGCUAUAAAUGGAACAAAUGUGAAGAAGGUAUUUCAAAAAAAGCAAGGUGUGUCCCACACAAAAUACAUCCACAGAAAAGAUACUGACAAGCACCUGCAGGAAAGCGGAAAGGUAGAGGCCAGGGAGAAGGAAAAAAAAGAAGAAGAAUUAGCCGACUCUAAUUCUAUGAUUUCUAAGAGUUUUAGCCGAGAGAUGUCCAAAGAUCUAUUGGCAAAUGAAAAUUAUCUUUUACCAAGAAAGAACUCUUUGUUCGUCAAAUGCAAAUUGGCUGCUUAUCUGUAUUUCGUAGCUGUCAGAGGCUUUGGCCAGAAAUUCUAUCGUCACAAAUCUCCGGACUGGUGCCGAAAUGGAUGUCAAAAGUCAGACGAGAAACCACGGUUAGAAAAGCUACGUAAUCGACCAAGAUAACGUAAAUACCUCAUAAACAAUGAAUAAAUUCAAAAUGUUUUGAUUGAAUGAUUGAUAACUGGGACUUCUUGACUUUUACGCUAUAAAUGGGUCCUUAGCUUUGAAUUCACUGCAGUUUAUUUUUUAAUUCUUUAAUGGCCUAAUAGUAUAAGGAUGGUUCAAAGACUUGAAAGACCAAAAGUAAGAUAUGGCUUUCAAUAACGUUAAGACAGCCAGGGUUCAACUUAUAAGUUUUGAAGACUCCUAACUUUAAGAUAAUCGUGCAAGUUUUCUAUCCAGUAACAGAGCCCAGGAAACUGCUCAUCCUUCCUUCUGAUAGCAUGACAAUAUUUUGAAAGACUUUCUAAGAAAAGAUGGGCGUGACAAGUGCGUGGUAGUAGGAAGAACUUUGUUUUCCAUCACAUUUUCACAGAUCUUAUCCGUGCAACCGCCGUUUUUCUAGACUCUAUUCGGUAAGACAAUAUGGUUUGCCCAUCUAGUGCAAGCCCCUGCCUUUGGGUACCUUGAUCGAUAGAAUAUGUCCUGUUUUUCAACCAAUCGUUAUUGCUUGCUUUGCUAGGUAGGUUAUACUGAAUACACCCUAAUAGAUACCGGUUGAUGCAAUAUGCAUGCAACAGAAAACAAAACUAUUAGUGGUCUCAUUUACAACCCUGGAAGAACAAGGAUGAAAAAUGUUUUGAGCCAAUCAGACUGUUUGUUUACAAUUUGAACCAGCCAAUGGUAUAGCGUCAAAGACAAUAGAAAUCUGGAGAGAAAAUAGCAUCGAAUCAGCCGCAACAGUAACGCUCGCACCUCCUAUACAAAGCUGUGGGGAAAAACCGGCGCCACAAAAAGUUAACGCUGAACGCGAAAAUUGUCAUUAUUGAAGUGCUUCAUACAAUUAUGCAUAGCAAAGGAGUAUAUCUAAAACUUUGCCGUCCCCAUUUUUGAAAUUCGGUCGUUAACCAGAGAUAAGCGAUGAAACGUUUAGCCCAUUAUUGCCUUGAUUGAAUCUGCUUACGUUGGUUAUGGUUGGUUGUACUCCAAGAAAACGGCAUCAUGUCAUUUUAUUGAAAAACAGGUCAUUUUGAAAUCUUUUUACAGGUCGUUGAUAAAAUUUAAGCAAAAAAUAAACCUUGAAAAAUUGUGCACAUUUUACUUGUUAUUUCAAAAAUUGCUUGUUUAAAAAUUUGUAAAGUAAAAUUUGAAACCUCUGCAUGACCUGCAAAAGUUUGAAUCAAACCUUCAACUGAAAAAGCUAUUGAGAUAUAACAAGCUACAUUUUUUGAGUUCUCAUUAUCUUAUUGGAAUACAACGAUCAGGGUCAUUAUUGAGCUUAUAUUUUGUAAAGUGGUACAUUCUCCAACUCUUUUUAAUGAAACUUUGCAAAAAUAUUUGAAUAUAUUGACAUGCAAAGUUGGGAAACCUUGAACCUUUCACUCAACAAAGACGCUCUACAUUUUACAGUAAAGAAGAAUACAAUUCUUGAACCCUCAAGCACUUCGUAAGUACUUCUGAGUUUUUUCUUAAAUGAAUCCGUACUUAAGUCACUAAAAAAACCAGGGGAUUUAUUUCAGUGGAGACAGAUAGCGUGGGCCGUUGCGUGCUAACGUUUUGAAGCCUUUAUAACAAUUCGUGUCCAGAAAAUUCGUUGACAAAUCGUCCUAAAAAACUUUGCCAUGAGAAGAACCAUCACUUGCACCUACAAAAAUACCAAAAUCAGGAAUAGGCAUAUGAUUUUGGAAUAAAUAUUUGCAACAAUGCCGCUAUUUUCUCAAGAUAUGCAUUUCUUCUAUACGCAACACUCUAGAACGCACUCAAUGAAAGAAAGUUGACGGACUGUCUUAGGGUUAAGAACAUGCAAGAAAAAGGCAGAAUGAAGAAAAAAAAACCCGAGUUUGAUAAUUAUCUCUCCGUCUUACUUUAGAAUAUACGACGUACAUACUUUGUAAGUAAAAAAUGACCUGUUUUUCAAUAAAAUGACAUGAUGCCGUUUUCUUGGAGUACAACCAACCAUAACCAAUGUAAGCAGAUUCAAUCAGGGCAAUAAUGGGCUAAACGUUUCAUCGCUUAUCU